CAAGCUGUGGAGGAUGAGGAGAACGGAUAGAGACGGGGUGAAGCAGAGGGAGGAAAAGAGGAGGAGCCAGCGCUGCUUGUGCAGGCUGAGUCUGAGGUGAAGGAGACGGAGCGGUCAGGAGAGAGGAGCGUACGGAAGGGAAAGUGGCAGAGAAGGACACGCCCAUCACAUGAUAACAGCAAAGGACAACCUGGCAACUUUUCCUCCUGUUUUAUUCCCUGUGGGAUGCACUAAAGUCGGAGUGGAGAUGAUUUCCCGAAUCGGUGAAAUUCACAGGUUUGUGUUCAGGUGGAAUUAGAUGGAGUCUGGAUUUGUGUCGUCAAACUUUCUCUGAUAUCCGCAUAAGUCAUGGACUGGUGAAAUUCAGUUGUUGAAUCCCCAAAACACCUUUUUAAUAUUCAAACAUGACAUGAGAAGAAUGUUGACCACACGUUCUGAGCAGAACUAGAUAGAAGAAGGGACGUUUACUGAGAAAAUGUUCUCUAGAAAUCGCUUCAAUGGCCAACAUGGAGCAGGAGUGUCCCCCAAAGGAGGGGAAAAGUCAAAAAUGCAUCCACCCAAGAAGAGGGCUCCAAAUCCCAGAGUAGCACUGGUCAUACGUGGUAAAAUCCAUCGGCUUUUGCAAGGGUCUACAGACCACCGUGUCCCCGAUUCUCACCUCUGUUAUGAACAAGAAGAUGAGGCAGAGAUGCCUGAUGGUAGGAAAGAGCUCAGGAGUGUACAUCCAAAGGUCACCCCAAGGCCAGAAGCCCUCACUCCAACAGUUUCAAUCACUAAAAGACACGGAGCAACAUCAGGACCUCCGUGUGUUGGAGAAGUGGAGCUGAACAGACAGGGGUGUAUAAGGAUACCCUGCACUUUACAGCGAAAAGGCAGCAGACCCCCAAGUCAAAAACGAAUAUCAUUUGAGAGCGGACUUCCAGAAUCUCCCGAAUCGAUACGACCGCUCCCAGACUACAUGACGGUUGACUCGGACAUGAACGGGGUGAAAUUUGCAUCGGGAUCUCAAGAGUUUGCUUCACCUCGCGUUCGACCCAAAAGGCCAUAUUCCACUGGUGAUUGUGUGGACUACAACUUCAACAGAGCCCUACCAAAUACUCUUCUGGAGGAGGAUGAGGAUAAAGAUGAGGCCUCAAGUGCCAUUAUUGACCACAUUCUGAAAGAGCUGAGGGGCAUCAAUAAGAUCCAGGAGGAAAUUUCUGACCUCAGGGAUUACCUGACGUCAGUGCGAGGCUCAGUUGAGGAGGUAUCCUCCUGUGUAGACGCUGUAUUGUUAGAGAUUGAAGGUAUUCGUUCUAGCAACAAAGGAGCCUCGGGGACAUGGUCAGGAAUGGGGUGCAAGGAUGGACCUUCUGGGCGAAGAAGACCAGUCAGUGCUUAUGGAAGUUUAGGGAGUCCAGUACCAAAGACAGAUUCUAACUGCUUCCCCCCUUCAUGCAAUGAGCAUCAUAGCAUGCAUGGAGAACUACUACUUACAAGGCCAGGAAAGUCUACCGUGCCCCACAUUCUUGCAUCAACCAAUCAUCAGGAACUGGAGGAACCUGAUGAUGCCUCUGACCAUAGUUCAGAUAUACCAGAAGGUGCAACAGCAAGAAAUUUGAGUUUGGCAUUCCUUGAACCCCAUGAUGUCCAAGACUGUCCAAGUACCAGUUCUUUGUCUUCUGGCCAUAGCUCCAAGUCUGACUCUGAUCUAGAGAGGUUACUAUCUAGUAAUGCCAGAAAGGAGCUAAUAGUUGGAAAUGGAGAACAUUGGGCUAACACCGUGCCAUCACAGAGUAGUGCUAAGAAUUCAAUCUGGCAUAGAGAAGCUGAUUACCUCAGGGAUGGAGAUCUAGAAGGCAAUGAAAGUGAGAGUGGUCUUUGUUGUGAAGGAGCUGGAAGCUGGGAUCACUACAGAGGACCAGAGGGGUAUAAUUCAUCAAUACCAUGUUCCACAGGAAGCUCAGAGCAACUACCCUUUAGGUCCAGAAAGCAUUACAAUUCAACUUCCAGUUUUUCUAGCAGGGAAGAACGGCAGUCACGGAAGAGAAGACCUCAAAGCCUGUCAAGAAUUCAUGGUCCAACCAGCACCAGCCUUGGAAACUCCGCUGUGGGAUACGAUUGUUCAGCUGAUUUGUCCUGUCCUCAAAGUUCAGGGUACCAUUCAGUCGAGGGCCGCGAUGGUGCAAGAGGGGAUUUUGAGUUUGAGCAAAUGAGUGAGGUGAGCUUCACCACAAACUGUGAUGUUCAUCUAGCUUAUGAAGAGUCUUCAGAAAUGACAUGGACAGAGGCAUCUUUAAGCACCUCUGGGUAUGAUGAUGCACAGCCUUUCACACAAAAGACGGACUCCAGUAACCAACUCCCAUUCCCUGAGGGGGCAGAUGCCCAAGCUGAAGGUUCUACUGUCAAACGCAUCGGACGAGCUGUACUUGAUUUUAGCUCUGCUUUGAGGGGUGCAUUAUGUAAACUCGAUGUACCUGCAGCAGUAAACCCUGAGGAGCAAACUGACUUUGAAUUCUCAAUGCCUUCUGACCUGCCUAUAACUGAGCUGCCUUCAAAGUCUUUCAGCUAUGAGGCAGACAUUGAACAGAUUCUUCACACCCACAGAGGUGAUGUGCUUGAAUGUAGUCAUGCUUCUAAGAAACUGACCAAACACAGUACUAUUGAAAAAUUAAGUAAUUUCUCUGGGGAGCCAGUGCUAGAAGAAACCAUCAACAGCCUUAAACAGUUUUCAGAGGCUUCCCCAAGCUCUCUAUGUUUGGAAGAGACAGCCCCAGUCCCCGAAGAGCCUAAGGCAUGGCCUGACUCUUCAAUACCUGGCAACCUUGUAGAGAAACCUGUGAAACACUCAUCUAAAGAACUUCCAAAAGGUCCUGCAAGUGUGCCUCUUAACACUCAGCAAUCACAAUGCACCUCAGUACAAUCUUCCUUCUCAAUCUCAGUUGGUGAUUCUGCCGCCCUGGAAGGGCUUGAACAAGUUGAGGUGCCAAAACAAUCCACCAUGGAUGUUAUUGUGGGCUCCAUGGUGAAAUCAGAGGGAGGUGAUGCAGAGCAAUCACCAGACAUCAACCAGGCAGAUGAAUGCAAGCUGAAGUGUCUGAGGAGCUUUCAGGAGAUUCUCCGGGAGAAGAGGGAGACCAGGCGCAGCCUUGGCAGCAUGACUAUGUCCUCCUUGUCUCAGGAGGACUUGGAACCAGAUGGAAGUCCAGAUGGAGAUCAGAACCGAGAUCAAGAUGCUGAUCCCAGUAAGACCCCAUGGGCCAAGCCAGGGUCUUUCAGAGGAAGCACUCCUUUUGGGAUUGACAGCAUGCCCGACCUUCGGAAGAGGAGACCCAUUCCUCUUGUUAGUGAACUGGUGAGGAAUCACAUUAGAUCUGCAUCUUCAUCUGGAUCAAUUCAUUUUCAUCCUCGUUCCUUUUCUGACUCCUUGCCCGUAAUGAUUCUGCUCUAGCUCAUCACGCAGUAUUCCUCUGAAUUGAUUAUAACCUUAUUUAUUGGUGGGGCCUAGUUCAGCCUCAGAUAGGCACGCUGUCACCUGCUGCUAUGCACCAUCUCUGGUAGUUUUCACAUGUCAGCACAGCAGCUGAUUAAUGAACUAACUGGCUUAAACACAUCCAUUCCACACUCAUACAUCCUAAUAAAGCCUUUCCUAUUAUUAAAACAUUCAUUCCUGAGAAGGGUUCCCGGGAGCUGGUGUCUGUCUUCAGAGACACCCUGGGACACCUUGGACAGGUCACCAAUCCAUCACUAACUAGACAUGCAGCCAGUCAAACCUAGGGACAUCUUAGAAGUUAAAUGUUUUUACACAUUAAUGAUUUUGUGUGAUUUGUGUUUUAAUGAACCACCUAAAGCGUAUCCUUCAUGGGUCUGGUAAUGGUCCGCUCUCCUUCACCUGCUAGAAAAGAUCCAGGGAUGCACUAAACAGCGCUCCCACAGCGGCGUGUGUUUCAGGGUCAGAGCUUCUGUUUCUGAGGCCAUCCUGUUUGUCUCUAAUGAAUUGUUCUUACCUGUUUUUGUCUUCCUGCAUGUCUCCUCCCUGCGUUUGUCGGUGCUCAGGCUAUGGUGAGUAAAGCUCCAGUCAGACCUUGUGGUCCUAGAGGGAGUCAUGCGGGUUGAACGUGUGCAAACACAAACAGAUCAUAAACGUCAGUCUGAGUCAUUUAGCUGAAAGUGUUUAUUUUACCUCUGAGUUUUCCUUCACACAACUUCCACCCACAAACAUGAAGAGCUUGAACAGCGCAGAUCAGAGCCCUGCAACGUUUUCACAGCCGUCCUGCUGGAGCCAGUCACCGGUGGGAGGCGUUGUGACUGACUGGAGAGCAAAAAAUAAGACUUGAUCAUUCAAAAAGGACAACAGUGUCAUAAAAUAAGGAUACUUCACAAACAGAAACAAACCAGAACAAAUGUUUUAUGACUAAAGCCCCAGGCGUCAGUUUGAUGCGACUUUAAAUGAAAAUGUGGGAUUUUUGUGAAUUGUGGGCGUUUGAAACACAUUUUUACGAAGAUGCCUUUCACUGUUGAUCAGUAAUAAAAAAUGAUUAAACAAAUCCUCACCGGCCACACUUCCUCACUUUGCUGUUUUACAAACAGUUUGAGCAGAAAAGCCACUCUUUCAAGUAUACCUGAGACUCCCCUCAGGCGUGGUUGAUGAGGCUGAAGGGCCACAGGUAGCAGAGCGGUGACCUGACCUCCACGUUUUCAGAAAUCACACCUGCUUUAUUACAUAAGUCUCCUACAUGAGGAAUCCUUCAGCUCGGCGACACAUCCGUGUUAGCGUGACUCCCAACUGGAAGCACAGGAAACGAUGUAAAAUGAUAAAAAUGCAAACGAGUGGACACAAACUUGUCUUUUUCCAUCAACAGCCUCAAAACUCACUUUAGGAGAAAAUCUAGAGCGUAUUUUUUAGUCCUUUUGUGAGGAGAUGCUCGAUGACAAAGCCCCUCACCAGAUGUUUAUCAGGACUGAGAGAGACUCCAGCUCGGUGCUUUACACCUGCAGGCUCUGGUCUCCUUCUGUGGCUUUGCUGCUCCGAAACUAGAUCAGAAGGAUCUGAGUUUGUAAAAGAAAAGUGUCAUUAC